CCGUAAGGAGCCGUUUGACCGGUUUGACGGCCAUUCUGAUUUGAGACGCUAGUAAAAAGUGGCGGGAAUUGUUUAUACAGUGUUUUAUAGUGAGGUUUGAGACGCUUAAACGAAGAACCGCUCCUACAUAUUUGUUGGCUUAUUUGUGUGUGAGCUCCGAACCUUGGAUCUCAUUUGGAUAUUAAAAUAUGGCAGCUAGUGAGGAUUUAUUGUAUGCUAAGGAAAAGAUUGAACUUGCUGGGCUUGAUUCAGCAGACGUUUUUCCUGUGUAUCAAUCACUGACAUUAUGUAAUGAACAAGAUGAUAUUAUUUUGCUUGAACUUAAUCCAGAACUUAAGGAACAUGUAACAAGAAAAAAAAAUUUAACUAUUAGAGGUGAUUUAGAAGAUACUGCUGUUAUUUGCACAGAAAAUCAAACGUUUGAAAUAAAAGAGGUUGAAACAUCAAAUUCUCUUUUAUUGAUGCCAGAGUUAAUCUUACCUGAAGAAUGUCAAGAUAGUGAAGAAAAAGUUGUAGAACAAAAUAUCACUGGGGUAUUUCAUAAUUAUUAUGAGGUACGGCCUUUUAAACCAAUUUUAAAGCUUCGAAUUAUGUUAGAACGAGAUGCGUAUCGAGGCAAAGAAUAUGAAGAGGAAAAUUUGUACGAAAACGUUACUUUAGAAAGCUUGUUGGACAUAGUUCAGGCAAGUGAAGGUGAAUUAAAAGCUGCAUUAGUCGAACUGCAGACUUGUAUAAUUGACGGCUCUAUACGAAUUUUAGAUUUUGAUUAUAAAUUCAGUUUAUUUAGCAGUAUUAUGGAUAUAAUCGAGUCAAAAUCUUUGCCAGUGAAUAAAAUUCCCAAGGAGUCUGUCUUAGAUGCAUUAGAAGAUUCAGAACCUAAGGAAAUUUAUGACCAGUGCUUUUCAUGGUUCACUCAAGAAACUGGAGAUAUAGAUGAAAGUGGUAAGAAAUUAUAUGCUCUCGAUGAAACUUCAGUAUGCAAACUGUACGCUGAAGUUUUAUUGAGAUCAGUCGGUAAAUUUCAUCUGAAUGACUUUUUGGAAAGCUGGCAGAGGAGUGUUCCUGAAGGUAUGAAAUGUGACUUAAGUCAGUUACAUGGUGUAGCUCUCACUGAUUGUACUAGUACACCAGAAGUAAUUUUUUACUUUCCAUCUUAUGAUCUCCCCGAAAAUAUUAAGGAAAGAUUUGAAAAACUUUUCAAAAUUAAAGAAAAAUGGGCAUAUGAAGAAAUUUAUCCGUAUUUGGAAGAUCGUGCUUCUGCAAAGAACGAUGUGAAAUCUUUAUUAAUCAAAUAUACUAGAGAAUCUACUAAAGAUGGCAAGAAGUUUUAUAGCUCAAAAUGGUGAAAAGUUAAAGAAAAAAAAAUCUUUGCAAUUCAAAAUUGCUUUUUUCAUCCAAAUAAAUUAAAUAUUAAAUGUACUGUAGUUUUUCAAAAAAAAAAAAAAAAUUCAGAUGUAGCACAUGUGAAUUUUUAAAGAAAGAAAGGAAGUUAGUUUUAAACAAAAUCCUGCGUUUAUAUAAGCAUGCAUAAAAUAUAGGUUUUCCUCGUUUGCUUGUUUACAAGAAAUGUAAGUUACUUUACAUCGGAUGUAUGAAAAAAUUUUAAUAUUUUCUUAUUUUUGUAACAGGAAAGUUUACAACAAAAUUAGUAACCUUCCUUUUGGAAGACAAUAACGAUUAUCAUAUAUCACUCUCUCUUCAUAGCAAACAAUGAAGUUUCUCGUUUUAAUAAAGUCUUCAUACUGCAACUUAAAGGUAUAUAAUCAUUAAAGAUGUUCAAACAUUAAAAUAUACAUCACAAACAUAAUCCAAUUACUUUGCAUGAGAAAAAAUAUGGUUAGUAAAAAUGCAAUGACUCCAACGGGUUCUUUCCCGAAGCGCCAACAGGUUCUCUGUGGAUGAAAACCCUGUAUGAAUAUGCAGAUUUAAUGUCAUUGGUUAUCCAAGAAGUAUUUUUUUAUAUUUAUAUUUUGUUUCUGAUUCAUGUAUUUUAAUACUUACAAGUGCAACUUUGUUGCUGCUGUUUCCCACUGCAUGAAAAUAAAGUGUCAAACCUUUCAUAAGUCAGAAAGAUGUAAUGUGAGCAAUUAGCAUUGUAAUUUAUAGAAAAUAGUGUAAUAUCAAAUACACUUAAAAAUUAAAAAUAACUAAAAAAUGCUAGGAUAAAUGUGCAGUCUCUAUAAAUGUAGUAAUAUAGUUAGCUUCAGUGAAGAGUAUAAUUUUAUGAGAAUUAGGGAAAUAUAAAUGCAUUCAGAGACUUAUAGAUGGUGGAAGUCUGUUUCACAGUUAAACUCGCAUUUUUUUUAAAGUAAAAAUUUUCUUUCGAUUUUUUUCAUUAAUUAAAAAAAGUGAUAAUGUAGUUUUUAAAAGAAAGUAUUCAUGAGAUAUAUUUGUAAAAAGACACUGAUCAUAGAGCAUUGACGGAAAUUUCUUUCUUUCUAUGUGUACUGUUGUUUUAGAGCCUAAAGGAGAAUAGUUAUGCAUAUUGAUGUAAUCAGAUUACUCUGUGAAUAAUAUUUUGUACUUUUUUGUUGAAGCAAUACUGCACUUUGUGCUCAAAACUGGCAAACUCGUACAAUUAGUAGCAUGUAAAUUUCAAAUAUUGCUAAAUGCUUAGGUGGUGGCCUCUUUAACAAGGAAGUACUUAUAUUUUUUAUGGUUUAUUUAGUAAUGUGCAUAUUAAUAUGACUAUAUUUCUAUGUAAAUUAUAUUUUUACAACUUACAUAGUAAUUUUGUAAUAUGUAUGAAACUUAUUUAUAUAUUUUACUUUCAUUAUAUUUAACUUGUAACAUA